AUGUCGUUGACUACUCCCACAGAACACAAAUGGAUCCUUGGUGACAAGUUCGACCAGGUGUACCCCCAUCUCGAAGGCAUCCAAGCGUUGUGGGAGAAGAAGUGGGCUUUCCCUUGCUCAAAGUCGCUCUACCCAUUCCACGAUGGCAAAUUCGAAGACUUUGAACCCGUCUUCAAGACUCUGAUCUCGAAGAACAUCAACUCCGGCUAUACCGAUGAAUACACUCGCGAAUUCGUACCCACUGCCGAACGCCUCGUCGAAGAGGCAGACAAACUGGUCUCCUCAGACAAGGAUGCUGCUUCAGCCCUCUACCUCCGUGCCUGCACCGUCUACCGCAUCGCUCGCUUCCCUUACAUCAACUCGGACUACAAACGCGAAAUCUACGAAGCACAAAAGAAGGCAUAUAUCAAGGCUGCUGGCCUCUGGGAGUGUCCCAUAGAGGACGUUACCAUCCCUCACACAGCAGCAACUUCCGCCGACGCCGACUCUGUACCUCUCUACGUACGCCUGCCAAAGGACGCCUCCAAGUCGAAGCCUUGCCCUGCUGUCCUCCUUAUGUGCGGAUUAGAUGGACACAGACCAGACAACACGACCCGUAGUGAUGAGUUCCUGGCUAGAGGAUGGGCUUCGGUCAUUGUCGAUAUUCCUGGUACCGCCGACUGCCCUGCCGAUAGAAAAGACCCCGAGGCUGCUGAGAGAUUAUGGACGAGCAUCCUAGACUGGAUGGCAGGAGAAGGUGACUUCGACAUGAAGCGCGUUAUCACUUGGGGUUUGAGUGCGGGAGGCUACAAUGCAGUAAGUACACUCAAGCAUACGUUUCGAGCCUCGACACUAACAACAAACAGGNUCCGCGCAGCACACACUCACUCCGACAGACUCGCCGGCGCCAUCGGACAAGGCGCAGGAACUCACCACUUCUUCUCUCGUGAAUGGCUCGAGAAGGCUCAAUGCAAAGAAUACCCCUGGAACGCUUUACCUGCCCUCACAGAAAAGUUUGGUUACAAGGACCACGAUGACUUCAUGGACAACGCCCAAGAGACUUGGUCACUCGUCAAGACUGGUGUUGUAAACAUGAAGAGUUGUCGAUUGUUGCUUAUCAAUGGCACGAUUGAUGGUUUGAUGCCUAUCGAAGACUCCAUGCUCCUGAGCGAAUUUGGUUCGCCCAAGGAAAUGAGACUCAUCAGCCACCGCUUGCAUAUGGGUAAGUCUACGAUCUUGUCGAAUAACAUAAGAGGUCUACUAACAUGUUCCCUCCACUUCCAGNGUUACCCGGAGGCUAACAGCUAUGUUUACCCGUGGAUGGAGCAGGUCAUGGGUUCCGUUCAUUAA